AUGGAACAUAAAGUAUCAUUACCACCCAUCUCGGAUAUCUUGAGGUCUCCUCUGGCAGGCCUUAAUCCUCCUCCUCCUCCACCAAUUUUACGGCCGCCACUCACCCAUCGUUCGUUCACCCAUGCUUAUCCCUUGAGCCCCUAUCAAAUGCAAUACCAACGCCAAGCCCCAGCUUACCAUUAUUCUGUGCAAACGCCACAACGGUACAUGCCUUACCGAACCAAUUCGCUGUCACAUAUUCCAACCACUCCAUCAUCAUCCACACAAAAUAACAAUCUUCCACCGUCACCAUCAUCUAUACCCUCGGUAUCUCCACGGCUGCUGUGCUGGAAGCUUCCACUGCCCACAUACGAGCUGAAAUCCACUGCAGGCAUCGGUGGAAGUACGCCACGUAGGGGUAGUAAUGCCGACCACCUUAGCAUGAUCCCAGGAGCCAAGCGUAAGACUCGCAAUAACCUUCCCAAAGAAACCACAUUCAUUCUACUCAAGUGGCUUAACGAGCACUUGCAUCACAACUCGUUUGAAAAGAAUCAUCUCAUGGCGGCUACAGGGCUAAAUCAGCAGCAAUUGUCAAACUGGUUCAUUAAUGCGCGCCGGCGUAAAAUUAAAUUAUUGAAAGAACAACGGCCCGUAGAGGAAGCAUAA